AUGACGCUUACUUUGAAUUGGAUUAUUCUAGUAUGUUUAUACACUACGCUGGUCAGUCAGUUUCAGAGUAUUGGUACACAAGGUUUGGAGUUAAGUGGCAACAGAUUCAGUAGACAACUGCAUCGACGAUCACUGUAUGAACUGGAUGCUUAUCGAAUAGAAUUUAAACCAGAGUUGAAGGCAAAUCAUGGUCAAAAUUUUACACAUAUUAUGUGUCGUGUAAAUCGACCAAAACCGAAUGCUGAAGUUUACCUGACAUGUCCUGCUUUAGGUGACAAUAAAUUACUCGGCAAUUGUUAUCAAGGAUGUCAACCAACCAAUCCAUGCUUACAUUCAUCACAAAGAAAUUUCGGGUGUGUACCACACGAUCAAACAGUAUUUUGUCAAAAAAUAGAAUAUCCCAAUGGGACUAUUGUAAUAAAUUUGAAAGUGGAUCGAAGUGACAAACGGCUUACGGGUUUAUGGUCUUGUACACAUGCUGGCUUAGAAAGUACAAAAUUUGAGAUAGAUUUGAAAAGUUAUUCAAAUGGGAAUCAAGUAGUACCAGAAUCGAAGCCAUUGGCUAUUAAAAAUGAAUACAAUUCAGAUCCAGAUGUUUUGAAAAGUGUUCAUUCGGAACAGGCUGCUCUACUCAAGGAUAGGCCAUUGGCUCAAAUUAGAAAACCAGAAAUACUGUUCACCAUAUUGGCAGUUCUCGCUUUAUCCAUCCUUAUCAAUCUUGCAUUCUGUAUACGAUGUUUACUUUUACGCUCAUAUAUUGAUGCUUCCAAUGAAGGAUCAAGCAAGACGAACUGCCUAGCUGCUUGUCUAUGCUUACCAGAGGAAAUGAGAAAAGGUUCUAUGAUAAUGACCACACCGAUUCUACCUCGUACCAAUAUGACACCACAAAUGAAUCAUCAUGUCCGAAUGAAUGGUUCAGAUCCUGCAGGAUUCAAUUCCUCCUACAGUUUAUCUGCUCUACAAAAAGUACCAUUACUUUAUAAUAAUGGUUCAUCGUAUAAGGAGAAUCUGUGUCCAGGCUAUAUACCUACAAAUUCUCUGCCAGGUACCUUUAGAAAACAUGGUAUGCCAAAUCUUAGAAAUGUGAAUACACCACAACCACACAGUGGUGGACUUAUCCACCAUCCACAACCUAUCGAUCCAGAAAAUCACAACCUGACUGCCUUCACUACAAUGAUUGAUGAAGAUAAUAAUAAUAAUAAAUUUGUUAAUUUAACACCAACAUAUAUUCGUGCACCAUCGUUGAAUACACCGUCACCGAAUCUUAGUCGUAGGGUAGCAGUAAAUAACUAUGGUUAUUCUCCACAAACUGCUGUACGUUAUAUUGGACAAGGUGAUAUACAUUCUUACCACCCCCAGUAUAUCAUUCGAGUUCAACAUCCACAUGUUGUAUACGAUGAUGUAGCUGCAGGAUCACUAGGUCAUAGUCCAAAUGGCAGUAUGCUGGAUGCUCCAGGUAUGCAUGGUCAUCUGACGCAUAUUCAAAGCAUCAAACAAAACAAUAUGUCACAGCCAAUAAAUUCUAGUUUCUCAAAUCUUGUAAACCUACCUACAGAUCCAAAUGCUCAAAAUCAUUAUAUUUCUCUUCAGCCAUCGGGGAAUAAUAAUAACAAUAGCAAUAAACCAGGUGACAAUAAAGCCACAGGAUCCAUAACCUGUCCGUCCACUUCCAGUUACAUAUACACGUAUUCAGGUCAAAUACAAUCAGAUACAUCAGUGAAUCCAAGUAUGCUGGCAUCAUUUGCAACAGUGAAGCUUUCAAGUUCACAACACACCGCUCCAACAACACACAGUACAAAUAGUGAAGAAGGCAUGAAAGCAAUAGAAGAGAAUUCGACGGAGAUUUUAUCCAGAGACAAUAAUAAGUCGACGACAAUGACGAAGACAGAGAAUGACAACGCUUCACUUGUAUCUAACAGUAAGGCAUCAGUCUCUAAUACCAAUGUGUUGUACAAUACAAAUUCACAUAAUAAUAAGUCUGAAGGUUAA